AUGGCCUCAACUCAUCACCCCAAUGCCAAAGUCGCUUUCGUCACUGGGGCCAAUGGUAUUACCGGGAAUGCCCUCAUUGAGCACCUUAUACGUCAACCUGCAUCCGAAUGGUCCAAGAUUGUGAUCACAACAAGACGUGUUCCCAAAUGGCCACUGUGGCAGGAUCCCCGCAUCAGAUUUAUUGCUCUGGAUUUCUUGAAGCCUGCCGAUGAGCUUGCUCAGCUGAUGAAGCCGCUGUGCCACGACGUGACACACGCUUUCUUUGCAUCCUACGUCCAUAACAUGGAUUUCGCGAAGCUGAAGGACGAUAAUGUUCCCUUGUUCCAAAACUUCCUCCUGGCUACUGAUAAGUCCAGCAAGUCCCUGCAACGAGUCAUUCUUCACACUGGAGGCAAGCAUUAUGGAGUCCAUCUGGGCCCUGUUGAAGUCCCGAUUCACGAAGGGAUGGCGCGUUAUGAAGAUUACGGAGAAAACUUCUAUUUCAUCCAAGAGGACUUCAUGUUUGAUUUGGCCGCGAAGCGCGAAUGGCACUGGAAUGUCAUUCGUCCUAUGGGCAUUAUUGGCUAUACCCCUGCAGCCAUCUACUUCCUCACUUGCAGGGAACUUGGUCAAACCCCAAUGUUCCCGGGAAACAAAUUCUUCUACAAUACUGUCGAUGAUGCUUCCUAUGCUCCAAGCAUUGCAGACAUGAGCGUGUGGGCCUCUACCAACGAGCACACCAAGAAUGAGGCCUUCUCCCAUAACAACGGGGACUAUAUCGUCUGGAAGUACUUCUGGGCGAGGCUCGGUGAGCACUUUGGAAUGGAGGUUGGUAAACCCAAGAAGAACUUUUGUGAUACUGUGACAAAACCUGACGUUGCCCAGAUCCCGGAAGUCCCUGACUCAGAGUGGACGGCAAGCGGAGAAACUCAGAAGAUGGAAAGUCAGAUUAACAUGGUCGAAUGGGCCAAAGACAAGAAGCCCGUCUGGGAACAAGUCGUAGCGAAGAACGGCGGCAAUCCUGAGGCUUUCGACUGGGCGACUUGGGAUAUUCUUGACUGGGGUUUAGGUGAAAGCUGGUUGGCCGUAACUACAGUUGCCAAAGCACGUAAGUUCGGAUGGAGUCGAUUCGACGACACAUAUGAUACUUGGAUCGAGACAUUCCGGUCAUUCGAAAACGCCGGAGUCCUACCAGCGAGCGCGCCGAUCGAGAAGAAGGUAACGGGUAUUCGUCCUCAUCCUGGAGGACGCUAG